GCCACCGCGCUACAGCGACGAUGCCUCCACAGCAAUCUCGCUCGUCGCAGCGUUGAAAUCGGCGCGUAAACUUCGUAACUUCCAAAAGUUGCAACCACCUGCUACAAUGAACGAAACAGCGAAAUACUGCAACCUGACGGGUUUCCAAAGGAGUUACGGAGAGAUACACGGACCUUUAAGCAUCAUCGUGUGCGUUUUAGGCUCUAUCGCAAACAUAUUGAACAUUUGUGUCCUUACUAGGAAAGAAAUGCGAUGUUCUACGAAUCUAAUCCUGACUGGACUAGCUGUAGCUGACUUGUUAGUUAUGAUAGACUAUAUCCCGUUCUCUUAUCACAGUUACUUCAAUUUGGAUAAAAGAAAAUACGUGAGUUACUUCAGCUACGAAUGGGCUGUCUUUACCAUAUUUCAUGCUCAUUUCAGUCAACUGUUCCAUUUUAUAUCGUGCUGUUUGACGGUUAUGUUAGCUCUGUGGAGAUAUCUGACCAUCAAAAAUCCACCGAUCACGAAAUUUUGGGCUGAUUUAAAAAAAACAAUCUAUGUGAUAAUUAGUUCUUAUAUUUUUUGUGCGAUUGUCUGCAUACCGCUCUAUUUGUCUGUAACCAUCCAGGAAUACGACGCCAAAACAGACGUGAAUGGUAAAAUUAUAAAACCCUUAUCAAAUCAAACAGAUUUUUACGUGAAUAAUACAAAAUAUAUUGUCCAAUAUGUCAACGAAUCUUACUCGAGACUCGUGUUUUGGUUAUACACCGUGGUGAUAAAACUAGUGCCAUGUGUUUUAUUAACAAUACUUUCUACGAAGCUUAUUUUAGUGUUAUUAGAAACUAAGAAACGGAAAAAUAGGUUGUUGCAAAAUAGGCUUAAUUUAAAUAAUCUUGAUUCGGAUGCUAAGCCUAUUAUGAACCAUAAAGUGAAAAAGGACAAGCAAGCGGAUAGAACCUCUGGAAUGUUAGUGACUGUUUUGUUGUUGUUUUUGAUAACGGAGUUUCCCCAAGCUAUAUUGGGACUACUUAGUGCUACGAUGGAGUCUUCUUUUAAUAUCGAAUGUUAUAUACCCUUAGGUGAGUUUUUUUUAAUAUUUUUGUAG